AAAACAAAAAUUAGCCGUUGAAAUAAUAGAGGUGCAUUUCUUUGGUCCUCCGAUCUGAAAAUUCAAAAACCUCUUCAACCGCCAUUUUAUCAAUCCAAACCAAACUCUUUCCUUCUUUCGUUGAAUCAUCAAUCGAGCUCCAACCCAUGGAAGAAGAUCGAGUAAUUGAUAUGCUUACUGAAAAGUUCAAUCGCUUUGUCAUUCACUGCAAUUUCAACUCUGCACCAGAGCAAUUGAACGAAACCUCUGACAGCAUGGAUGAGAAUACUAUGUCAACUCAGGACGGUCAUACACUCCCAGUAUUGAAGAAAAUUCUUGACCUAAGUUCCAAAGCUCAGAAUUUGAAGAAACAGCAUGUAGCCCUUAGCGAACAAGUGAAACUUGCAUUUGAGUCCUUUCCUGGUCUAGAUUUUUUAAAGUCUGUUCAGCUUAUAGGUGAUGAAUAUGAAAUUUUAAAAAGAAAGUACCUAGAGGUGUCCUUGGAGCGAAGGAGGCUUAACAAUGAAGUGAUUGAACUCAAGGGAAAUAUCAGAGUUUUCUGUAGAUGCAGACCAUUAAAUGAAAAUGAAAUUGCAAAUGGAUCGGCAGUAUCUGUUGUCAAUUUUGAGUCAAAUUCUGAGGAGCUUCAAGUUGUUUGUUCCGAUUCUUCUAAAAAGCAAUUUAAAUUUGAUCAUGUAUUCAAACCUGAAGAUAAUCAAGAGGCUGUUUUUGCACAGACAAAACCUAUUGUUGCAUCAGUACUAGAUGGCCACAAUGUUUGCAUUUUUGCAUAUGGGCAAACCGGAACUGGUAAGACUUUCACCAUGGAAGGAACACCAGAGCAUAGGGGAGUUAACUAUAGAACUCUUGAGGAAUUAUUUCGGGUUUCUGAAGAGAGACAAGGCACAAUAAAAUAUGAACUGCUUGUUAGUAUGUUGGAGGUUUACAAUGAAAAGAUAAAAGAUCUCUUGGCCGGAAAUUCUUCUGAAGCCACUAAGAAGUUGGAGGUCAAGCAAGCUGCAGAUGGAACCCAAGAAGUCCCAGGACUUGUUGAAACACAUGUUUAUGGAGCAGAUGGUGUUUGGGAAAUUCUGAAGUCUGGAAACAGAGUCAGAUCAGUUGGUUCCACAAGUGCUAACGAGCUUAGCAGUCGUUCUCAUUGUUUGGUGCGGGUAACUGUUAUGGGGGAAAAUUUAAUCAAUGGCCAGAGAACAAAAAGUCACCUUUGGUUAGUUGACUUAGCUGGCAGUGAGCGUGUAGGGAAAACUGAAGCUGAAGGAGAAAGGCUGAAGGAAUCUCAGUUCAUAAAUAAGUCUCUAUCAUCACUUGGUGAUGUUAUUGCAGCCCUUGCUUCCAAAUCAGCCCACAUACCUUACAGGAACUCAAAGCUCACUCAUAUACUUCAGAGCUCGUUAGGAGGUGAUUGCAAAACUCUAAUGUUUGUCCAAAUAAGUCCUAGUUCAGUAGACUUAACAGAGACACUUUGUUCCCUAAAUUUUGCUACGCGUGUUCGAGGAAUUGAGAGCGGUCCAGCCCGAAAGCAAGUAGACCUCACUGAGCUCUUGAAGUACAAGCAAAUGGCUGAAAAGUCCAAACACGAUGAAAAGGAAGCCAGGAAAUUACAAGAUAACUUGCAGUCCGUACAAAUGAGACUAGCCACGAGAGAAUUCAUGUGCCGAAAUCUUCAAGACAAGGUUCGGGAUCUCGAGAACCAGAUUGUGGAGGAGAGAAAAACCAGAUUAAAGCAAGAAAGUCGAUCACUUGUUGCCGAGAAAACAAUAAAGAGGACAUUACUGAUUCCUUUGGAAAGACCUCCACUGAGAAGAAUUAAUGAUUCCUUGCCUCCACCACCCGAGAGAAGGCCCUCCUCAUGCAGCUCUUCGUUACAGGGAAAGGAAAACAAUGUCAGAACGAAUUUAAUGACUACAAGAAGAAGAGUAUCCAUUGCUGCAAGACCACCGGCUGCACCUUCGCAAGCACAGCCUCUUCAGCCUAGGAGGCGAGUUUCCCUGGCAACACUCAAACCCGAAACAACUUCUUCUCAAUUGACCAAUGGAAGCAACGACCACCAACCGAUGGUAAGGAACCAAAGAAAAGCUCGGUAUUCAAGGUUGUUCGCCCCAUUAACAACAUCAGCAAUUGAGACAACCCCAACUUUGGAUAAGAGCAGCAGCAGUAGGUUUGAUGGCAGUCCAACACAGGCGGCAGAUUCGCGGAUGAUGGCUAGGCAUCCACACCCAGCUGUGAUUGCACUGCAACGCAAAUCUUUGGUAUGGAGUCCUCUCAAACGGAGAGGUAUCGAAAGUAGUAGAAAGGCAUCAUUCUUGCCAUCUCGGCCUUCCACCCAAAUGCGAUGAUCUUUGUUUUCUCAAACAAUGACAUAGGCUUGUAGUGUUUUGUUUUCUCAAACAGAGAGGUAUCGAAAGUAGCAGAAAGUCAUCACUCUUGCCAUCUCGGCCUUCCACCCAAAUGCGAUGAUCUUUGUUUUCUCAAACAAUGAUAUAGGCUUGUAGUGUCUGGAAGUCUUUGUUUUCUCAAACAAUGACCUACAUACUUGUAGUGUUUGAAAAUCCUUGUUUUCUCAAACACAAUGGCACAUGCACUUUUAGUGUUUCGAACUAAACUGAUUCCUAACGACUUAAUGAAAACAAGUUGAGUUUUGAAAA